AUGAAGGCCUUUUUGACUCGCACAAAACGGAAAGCAUCUCCAGGACCGCAAACAGAGAACGCGGAGCCAGAAGAGCCAACCGAAGUCAAAUUAGCAUUGCUAUCGUCGUUACACCCACAGCUCGACCAAGAAUACUUGCUCGAUAUCUUACUGGCCCAUGAUGGAUCCGUAUCUGAAGCCGCCACAUCUCUCAAAAUUCAGAAACCCAUGAAGAAGGGUCCCCGCGUUGUUGGACAUCAGCAAUCCUUAAAACAAUUUACUUCCACAAGUGAUUCUAGUUCCUUGAAUAGUACACCUAAAAAGAAGCUCAAGUCGAAAGCGGGGAGUACACUGCAUCUGUACGACCCUGAAGACAUUGCUGAGCAUACCCCAUGUACCAUCAUUCACAAUUUCUUACACCCUGAGGAUGCCAAUCGGUUGCUAGAAGAGCUAUUAGAGGAAUCAAAAACUUUCGAAAAGAUCACAUUCCAGCUAUUUGAGAACGCGGUUUCUAGCCCUCAUACAUCUAGCUUCUACGUCGAAAGCUACGACGAGAUACAACGCCAGAAAACGGAGUAUCACUAUAACGGCGGUCGACUCACGGAUGUUCGGCGUAUCACACCUCAGCUCGUCAGCGUGAAACCAAAAGUUCAGGAAGCCGUCAACGCCGAGAUUCAGAAACGAAUCAAGACUCGAUAUCCUGGGGGCAAGAAGUUGAAAUAUCAAUCUCCAAACCCUUGGGUUCCGAACUCGGCAUUUGUCAACGCCUACACAGGCCCGCAGCAAAAUGUCGGCUGGCAUAGUGAUCAUUUAACGUACCUCGGACCAAGAGCGGUCAUUGGGUCCAUCUCCCUGGGCGUCGCUCGCGAAUUCCGUGUUAGAAGGAUACUUCCCAAGGAUGGCGACAGCAAAACGGCCCAGGACCGAGAUGCGGAGGGACAAAUAUCGAUCCAUCUUCCUCAUAACUCACUCUUGGUAAUGCAUGCUGAGAUGCAAGAGGAAUGGAAGCACAGCAUUGCACCAGCGUUAUCGAUCGAUUCUCAUCCCAUUUCAGGGACAACCCGUAUCAACAUUACAUACCGAGACUAUCGCGCCAAUAUGCACCCAAAGCUCACCCCUAAAUGCCGGUGUGGGCUGCCAUGCGUGCUUAGGGUAGUGACAAAGAAGAAAGAUAAUUUUGGGAGAUACUUUUGGAUGUGCUAUGCCAAUUCUCCGGGACAAGAGAAUUGUGGUUUCUUUCAGUGGGCUGAGUUUGACGAAGAUGGGAACCCCCAGUUCAAGAAGUAG